CAUCUGGACGUGAUAAUACAACCACCACAAGUAAUACAGCAACGCAAACAACAACACCUGGACAUGAUAAUACAACCAGCACAGGUAAUACAACAACGCAAACAACAACACCCGGACGUGAUAAUACAACCAGCACAGGUAAUACAACAACGCAAACAACAACACCCGGACGUGAUAAUACAACCAGCACAGGUAAUACAACAACACAAACAACAACAUCUGGACGUGAUAAUACAACCACCACAAGUAAUACAGCAACGCAAACAACAACACCCGGACGUGAUAAUACAACCAGCACAGGUAAUACAACAACGCAAACAACAACACCCGGACGUGAUAAUACAACCAGCACAAGUAAUACAACAACGCAAACAACAACACCUGGACAUGAUAAUACAACCAGCACAGGUAAUACAACAACACAAACAACAACACCUGGACGUGAUAAUACAACCACCACAAGUAAUACAACAAUGCAAACAACAACACCUGGACGUGAUAAUACAACCAGCACAAGUAACACAACAACGCAAACAACAACCCCUGGACAUGAUAAUACAACCACCACAAGUAACACAACAACACAAACAACAACACCUGUACGUGAUAAUACAACCACCACAAGUAAUACAACAAUGCAAACAACAACACCUGGACGUGAUAAUACAACAUUAUACGUCCAAACAACACGGUCAAUAUCAAAUAGCACAACAGACUUCAUGAACAGUACAACCCUUCGCCCGACUGUGACUGUCUCUGACAAUACAACAGUGCACAACACAAGUGCCUCGGGUAAUGUAACACUGUCAACAACUACCCAUAAUGAAACGACUGCCCAGGGUAACACAACGGGAUUUGCGACCAGCGACUCAACAAUCCUCAACACUACAACUUCCCUCCUUCCUGCUGACAACCAAACACUGCAGAACACCACAGCUGCCUUGAAUCAUUCAACACCAAAAACAACCACAUUGGCUCCAAACUACGCAACAGCAGACAACAGAACCACUAUCGCCAAUAACCAAACUAUCCUGAAUGUUACUCGGCCAGGUAACGCAACCCUUGACGCAACCACGUUGUCUCCAAAUUACACAACAACAGACAAUAUGCCAUUUAUCACCAAUAACCAAACUCUAGUGAAUGUUACUCUAUCAGGUAACACAACCCUGCAUACGACCACAUUGUCGCCAAAUUACACAAAAAUAGACGAUGCAACCACUAUUGCCGAUAACCACACUCUCUUGAAUGUUACCCAGCCAGGUAACGCAACACUUUACACAACCACAUUAUCUCCAAAUUUCACAACAGCAGACAAUAGAACCACUAUCAAUGAUAAUCGUACUCUCUUGAACUUUACUCAGCCAGGUAAUGCAACGCUGGACACAACCACAUUGUCUCCAAAUUACACAACAGCAGGAAAUACAACAUUUAUUUCCAGUAACCAAACUCUCGUGAACUUUACUCAGCCAGGUAAUGCAACACUGGAUGCAACCACAUUGUCUCCAAAUUACACAACAGCAGGAAAUACAACUUUUAUCGCCAGUAACCAAACUCUCGUGAACUUUACUCAGUCAGAACAUCAGACAACAUAA